UGCAACAAUUACUUCCAUUAGCAUUACGAAAGGUCUUACCCCAGCAUGUUCGAAAGCCCUUGAUUGAGUUAUGCCAGUACUUCAAAAAUCUUUGUUCGAAAUCACUCCACUCUGUUGAUUUGGUUCAAAUGGAAUACCAAAUUGCAUUAAUACUUUGUCACCUAGAAAGGAUUUUCCCUCCAUCAUUCUUUGAUGUUAUGGUGUAUUUACCGAUUCACUUAGCAACAGAAGCUAAACUUGCUGGGCCUAUGCAUUAUCGUUGGAUGUAUCCUAUUGAAAGGUAAGUAAUACUCAUUGCUUCUAAUUUGUCAAAUUUUAUUUAGAUAUCAUUCAUUUGAAAGAAAACAUAAUUACUUUUUCAUCAUUGGGCUUUUUAUAGGUACUUGUCCACAUUGAAGUCAUAUGUAAGAAACGAAUCUCGUCCAGAGGGUUCCAUUACUGAAGGUUAUUUAGCAGAUGAAUGUUUAACCUUUUGUUCUAGAUAUUUUGAUGACAUUGAAACCAAAUUCAAUCGGCCAAGUAGAAAUUCUGAUGAAGGAAAUGUUAGCAAUGUUGAGUUACCAAUAUUUGCAAUGCAAGGACGAUCAUUUGGAAAAGAAGGGAUGGUUGUUUUAAAUAGAGAAACAUUAGAAAUGGCACAUAAAUAUGUGUUGUUUAAUUGUGACGUAGUUCAAGAAUUUAUUCAGUAAGUCAAUAAUUAUUUUUCGCUAAUUUUAGUAGAGUAUAAAUAGCUCUUUUGUAUCCUUAUAUUCUACUAUAUGCACAUACAACAUGAGACUAUAAUAAACAAUCAAUAUCCUUGUCUUUCUAAACAACAAAGGGCUAUUAAACACACCAAGGAAUUUACUUCAUGGUUUAGUGACACAGUAAGUUUUUAUUCAGUAACCUUGGUUUCAAUUUUUUUAAUUUAUUUAUUUAUUUAUUUUUGUUUUCAUAAUCUUAUCCUUCAUUUAUUUAGGUUGGAGAAAUGUUUGCUGCUGGAAAUGAGGAUAUAUCUAAAGAGCUUCGAGCUCUUUCUCAAGGUCCUAAUUGUGUUACAAGAAAGUACAAGGGUUUUAUUAUUAAUGGUUUUAGAUUUCAUGUGAAAGAAGUUGAGGAAAAGAGAAAAACUCAAAAUAGUGGGGUUAUUGUUACUGCCAAGACAGAAAGUUAUGCUAGUGUGAGGGAUAACAACCCCAUAUUAGGAGAUGUCACAUAUUAUGGAGUUCUAAAUGAUAUUUUAGAGUUAGAUUAUCUUAGUGGUAAAAAAGUGACGCUAUUCAAUUGUGAUUGGGUUUCUCAAAGAAGCGGAAAGAAAGAAGAUGAUGAUGGUUUCACCUUAGUCAAUUUCACUAGACUCAUGCCCACAGAUGAGCCAUUUAUUUUAGCUUUUCAAGCACAACAAGUGUUUUAUGUGGAAGACCCUACAGAAAAAGACUAGCAUGUUGUAAUAAGAACCACACAUAGAGACCAAUUUGAUCAAAAAAUCAAUUCAUGUGAGGAUGAUAUAGAGACUCAACUGCAAAUCCAUGCAUGCAAUCCUCAAAUUCAAGAUGGUGACAUCAAUGUUGAUAUUACAUGGGCUAGGGAGCAUGACGAAUUUGAUGCUUAUGGUUGAUAUGGUUCAUUAUUAUCUUUUUAUGUUAUAACUUUGUACAACUUUCAAUUCUAUGCUUUUCUAAAUUGAGUUUGUAGUUUUUAAUGCUUUCUCCUUUGGGUUUUAUGCGCAAUUAAUUCAUUUUUCGUUGUAGAAAACUAUAUAUCAAGAUUGUGUUAUCUUAAUUAGCUAUUUAAAUUAUCUAAAUACUACUUGUGUGUUGUUCCAUUAGUUUGGUACAUAGAAUCAUUGUUAUAUAACAGUGAGUAUUGCUACAUUCACACAAAUUCAGCUUGAUGGCACCAAGGACUAGAAUUGGACGUAUGUCUGAUGGGUUGGACUCAAACCUAUCAAAAAGAGAUUUAAGUAACACUCAAACCAAUACAGUCUCCGGUAAUCUAUCAACUUUUCUGAUUCAGCUUUACUCAUUUCACUUUAUACUUCUAUAAUGUUUUGGAAUAGACAAUGGUAUCAAGAAGAAUGUACGAGGGCCAACAUUUAUGCGAAAAAUUUGGGCUCGAGAUAAGCAAGAGGCUAUUCAAGUUGAAUUUAAUGACCUAGGGAAACCUAUUGAUGAAAAGUCAUCAAGUGAAUUAGCUCACUUCUUGGGGGCUAUAGCACGCAAUGGAAGAUACGCACCAUUACAUUAUAAGAAUUGGAUCAAAGUACCUCAAACUUAUAAAAAAGAGAUGUUGACCCAAGUUCAGGAAAAGUUUCAACUUCCUCCUGGUCAAGAGGAUUGGAUAUUGAAAUCCAUCGCCAAAAAGUGGAGAAAUUGGAAAUCUUCAUGAAAAAAAAACUAUUAUGAUCCAAAUGUAUCUCUUGUUGAACAAAUGUAAAAUGUUCCUGAAAGAGUUCAUGAAGACCAAUGGAAGGAGUUGGUAACUUUUUGGAAUUCUGAUGCAUCAAAGGUGUGUGUAAAGUUAUACUUUAACUUGUGGUAUUUUUCAAUUAAUUAUUCUUACAAACUUUUCCAUGUAUUCUAGAGAGUUAGUGAUAAGAAUAAAUUGAGUCAAGGACAUCAAAAAAUGGUACACCGAAAGGGUAAGAUGAGUUUCACUAGAGUGGUAGAGAAAAAGGUAACUUCUACUUCCUUUCAAAAUGCUAUGUAUAAUUGAAUUUUAAUGAAAUAAAUAUUAUUUUUGUUUCUCAUUAAUUAUAGUUGUCAUGAUUGGAAGUAUUCAAUUUUAUAUCUUUGUUUAACUAUUAUAUAAUAUAUAAAUAUUUACAUUGUAUGCAGAAAAAGGAACUUGGUUAUUACCCAUCACGCUCUACCUUGUUCAUUGAGUGUUACUCAAAAGGUGAAACUCCGGGAAAUGAGGCAGCUAGUCAAGCAAUAGUAAUAGUUAAAUAAAAAUAAUAAUAAUUUAUUUGUCCAUUUGUUUAUAUUUAUUCUUUGAAUAUAAUUUUUUUUUUUUGUAGGAAGCAAUGCGUGAGUUAACUAUUAAUGCUCCAGAAGGUCCACGAAAUGACCAAAAUGAAAAUGAUAUUUACUCUCAAGUUAUGGGAAAGGAGAAAGCUAGGCAUGUACAUAUGUAUGGCUUAGGUGUUUGUCCUUCAGAUCUUUAUGGUCCAACACCUAGUCGCACAACGUCUCAUAGGCUUGCUAUGAGUUAUAAGAAUGAACUGGAGAUGAUGAAGGAACAAUACAUGAAUAUGAAUGAGCAGCUACAAGAAUUGAGAGCUAUGUGCAUGGAAAAUAGGGAAACACCUAGUAAUAGUCAUCCUAUGCCUUCUUUGAACCCUUCUAAUCUUGUGUCAUCUCCUCACAGCAAUAUGGGUUUUUCUUCACCAACUUCAACUCACCAACCAAUUCGAGUUCAAAAUAGAAUUUGUUUGAAAAGUAUAAAUGACCCAACUCAAAUUGUAGCAAAGGGAAUUGUCUGGAGUAUUGAUCCAUCCACAGAGGUUGGUGGAUCACGAUUAGGACCUAAUUGGUGUGAGGUACGUAUUCAAGUGGCAGUAGAGUGGGAUGAAGAAUUGAUAAGAAGAUAUGGAAUGUUUGAAACCAUCGAAGAUGCCCUUGGAGCACAUGUUGCAUGGCCAUUGUUCUUGGUUGAACGUGAUGAAAGUGAUUAGAGUUCAAUAGAUCAUGGAGAUUAGUUGUUUUUUUUUUUUUUUUGUGUUAUAAUGGAUGACAAAUGACGAUAAUUGUUAGAUUUAUGGAUUUUUGAAGUAAUUCUUUUUU